AAAUAUUUCUUAUCUUAUAACGAUUCCGUGUAGAGAGUAUAACUAAAUACUUACAAAAUUUUGUUUUCCAUUGAGAUCGUCUUAUAAAAAUAUUUUUUAUAUAAAUAUUGGUUCAAAAUUUGCAAGACUCGGCUUCUUACCAACAGAUGUACCAUGUCGAAUUAUAGGGUUACAUAUAAAAAUCGAUGCAUUAGCUGUGGCGUCGAAGUACCAGUCCUUUCCACAAAUGGAUGCCAUUUCAAAGUUCAGGACAAAUUUAAUUCUUGUGGCUCCAAAAUAAGCAAUCCUCGAAAACGGCCGAGUCAAAUAAAAAGGCACAGGAAUAUUUCUCAAAGAAAGCUAAAUAAUGGUUUUAAAUGGUCUUCAUCAUCUACGAAAAAACGAUUCUAUCCGUUAGUAAAGAAACAAAAAUUGUUGAUGUCCUCAGAGCCCUCUCAUAAGGCUCUAAUUUUAAGAGAGAUGAUUAGGUUAGGAAGAAAACCGAAUCGAAAGUUCGAAAAGGCUGCGAGAAAUAGUGUAUUUCCGGGCAUCUGCCGUACGAUAUUGAAACUGCACCAGUAUACUAAUCUUGUACAGUAGAGAUUACUGAUGUCACAGAUUCUUUUGAGAUCAAAGUCCCCACCAUAUGGAAUCAUUUGGAUGGAUGGAUCAAUGGAUGUAGAUGAAAUGGGUACAUGCAGACAUAUAUUUUUAGAAGAAUCAAUGGAAAUUUAAGUAUUUAAAUAUUUAUUAAGCUAACGUACUUAUAUUGUGUACAACAGUUUUCAAUUAAAUGGAAUAGGAAAAUAAAGUCCUGGAUGAGGUACAUUUACAUUGU